AUGCCUGUCGGCGGGCCGGCUGAACUCUGCUGCUCCGGCAUGAGGGUCAGCUACAUUAUCUACGGUGCGUUCGUUAACUGUGCGGAGUCACUGUGGCACAGACUGCACCGCUGGGAAGACAGUGCUGCAUCGGAGAAUGCAGAGCCGGUCCAUUAUUUUUGGAAAGCUGAUGCAAAGUCAAUUUAUCAGAGCGAUGAUGGGAAUUCCAGUAAAAGCUUUAGUUUUGAUCGAGUGUUUACUGCAGAAGAAACGACCAAUCAGCUGUACCAAGCCAUUGCUAAACCUCUUGUUGUUUCCUCUGUUCAGGGAUACAAUGGUACCAUAUUUGCUUAUGGACAGACUUCUUCCGGAAAGACUUUUACUAUGAUGGGGAGUGACCGUUUUCCUGGAGUGAUACCGAUGGCUGUGGAAGAUGUCUUCCAAACCAUUAAAAGUUGUCCAAAGAAGGAGUUCCUUCUUCGGGUUUCUUACAUGGAAAUCUACAACGAGACUGUGAGUGAUCUGCUCGUUGAUAGCUGGAAGAGACAACCUCUGGAAGUCCGAGAGACAAUUAAUAAAACCAUCUAUGUGGCUGACCUGAGGGAGGAACUGGUCACAAAUGUUGCACAAGUCCUGACCUGGAUCCGGAAAGGAGAAAAGAACCGUCACUAUGGAAAAUAUAUCGAGUUUACACGAUACAUC